AUGUCGGGCGAUGGUGAAGGCGGUUGUUGUGGGGGCAGAUGCUGCCGCUUCAUAAUCACCUCCGGCGUUUGUGCUCUAUUCUUGUGGCUAGCUCUACGUACCUCCAAACCCACUUGUUCCAUACAAGAUUUUUACGUGCCUAUCCUUAAUAAAUCCGAUCAUUCGAUCGGUACUAGGAGCAACAACAGCAUAUUCUUUGACCUCAAGCUCGAUAAUGGAAUGAAAGAGAAGGGUGUGUACUACGAUAACAUAAGUUUAACCUUUUUUUACGGUCCAAAUACUAGCUUUCCUGUAGCCAACUACACGGUGCCAGGAUUUUACCAAGGUCACGGCAAGCAAGCUCGAAGGAAAUCGGUGGUGGAGGCUCAUGGACCGCCAUGGGACGCAGCUUUUAAAAAUGUUUCAAAUGGGACCGUGUCAAUUUUCAGAGUGGGUUUAUCAACCAAGUUGAGGUUCAAGAUCAUUUUUUGGCAUACCAAGAGACAUAAUUUGGUGGUUGGGGCCAAUGUUGAGGUGAACGAUUCCGGUAAGAAAGUUAGCAAGAAAGGCAUUAAACUGAAAUCCGGCUCGCCGGAGCAUGGGUGCCACCUUGAACUAUUGUUGUUUUAUAUUGUGUUGGUUGUUAUAUUAGCAGAUGACCUCAAGAAAAGUAAGAUGAAGACUGACCAAAAGGCCUUAAUGUUAGCCAGUGAUCAAAAGCUCUACUGGGCCGACCUUUCACCGCGAGCAACCUUUAUGGUUAAAUGGUAUUGCCCAGACCUACCUCCAAUGAGGAGAGCCACCCUUGGCCAGGCUGUAUUUAAGUUCAGGGCGGUUCCUGAGCCAGCAGCCAGCCUAAUGGGUUCAAGCUAG